AUGUCUGUGCAGCCAGCUCCGCCUAUCCAAAGCGACACUCAUCCGGCAAGCUAUCCCUACGGCGUCCAUUCCGGCUUCUCUCCGUCAACAGAACGUCAGCUGGACGAGGUCGACUUCCGUAUCCUCGAUUCGCUGCUGGACGACGUCUCACAGAGCCACGCCGUUUCAGCCUCGGCUCGGCCCGACCAUCCAAUGCAUCACGUCGCUUCUCCCGCCCAACCCAAUCUGGACACGCUCGCUGUACAGGCUUCUGCCCAGCACGAUCUUCAGCAUGACCCAGCCGCCAUCCCGGACGUUCACGCGUCGCGCAGCCUCCUGAACGACAAGGGUUACAAAUUAGGAUGGAGGUAUCCAAAGAUUAACGGCUGGGAGCCACUGUCGUUCUACCAGCUCGAAGGCGUGCGUCGCCUCCAGAUUGGCCACCGGCGCCCAAAGCUCGUCGUUUCUCCCACCGUCGAAGUGCUCGAAGCGCUCAACUCCCGCCUCUUUGCAGGCAAGAUGACAGUGGUCUCCAACACAGAGAUGCCCCAAGCCAGGGCCACGUUUAGCAAGAUUUUCCCCGCCAAACGAACCAGUCGGAAGCUGCCCUUCAGCCCGGCGGUGGGGCGGAACGGCGACAAGAUCCCGAUUUACAUGACCGACCACGAAGCUCAUCAUUCGCGCUUCCUCGGCGAGCAUUUCAGGCAGCGAGGCUUGCAGGGCAAACCCCACUUCUUCUUCUGGGGCGUUGAAGAGACACCAUGGCGGACAAACGUCAUCAACUACGGAGCCGGAUAUAUCGCCCCUGAGCAUCGACAGGGUGUAGAUGACCAUCUGUGGCCUAUACUGCAGGCCCUCAAGGGGGCUACGAAGGGUCGAGUCUAG